AUCAUCAUGGCGUCGGCGGCGGUGCAGUCCCAGCAGGGCAGAGUCAGCAUGAAGGAGCAGCGCUACGACCGGCAGCUCAGGUUAUGGGGUGACCAUGGGCAAGAAGCUUUAGAAUCUGCUCAUGUUUGCAUGAUAAAUGCAACCGCCACAGGAACAGAGAUCCUCAAAAACUUAGUUCUACCAGGUGUGGGAUCGUUUACAAUUGUAGAUGGGAACCAAGUCACUGGUGAAGAUGUUGGAAACAGUUUUUUCCUGCAAAGAAGCAAUAUUGGCCAGAAUCGAGCCCAGUGCACUACAGAACUGUUACAAGAAUUGAAUAAUGAUGUCUCAGGAAAUUUUGUGGAAGAGAAUCCAGAUAAACUUCUAGACAAUGAUCCUUCAUUUUUCUGUCGGUUUAAUGUAGUGAUUGCAUCUCAACUCCCAGAGAGUACAAUGCUCCGGCUAGCUGAAGUUCUCUGGAAUUACAGCAUCCCACUGUUAGUUUGCAGAACUUAUGGAUUAAUAGGAUAUCUGAGAAUCAUUAUUAAAGAACACCCAGUUGUAGAAUCUCACCCAGAUAACGCAUUGGAUGAUCUGAGACUGGACAAUCCAUUUCCAGAAUUGAGGGAGCAUGUUCAGUCUUACGAUUUGGAUAAUAUGGAAAAAAAGGAACACAGCCACAUUCCAUGGAUUGUGAUUGUAUCCAAGUAUCUAGAACAAUGGUAUAAUAAGAACAGUGGUCAGAUACCUAAGAACUACAAAGAAAAGGAAGCUUUCCGACAGAUGAUUCGGCAAGGAAUCUUAAAGAAUGAAAAUGGAGGCCUAGAAGAUGAAGAAAACUUUGAAGAAGCUAUUAAAAAUGUGAACACAGCUGUAAUUGCUACUAAGAUACCAAGUUCUAUUGAAGACAUUUUCAAUGAUGAUCGAUGUAUCAAUCUCUCACAGCAGACUCCACCCUUUUGGAUUUUGGCUCGAGCUGUAAAGGAGUUCGUAGCAAAAGAGGGUCAAGGAAAUUUACCUGUCCGGGGCACAAUUCCGGAUAUGAUAGCAGAUUCUGGUAAAUUUAUCAAAUUGCAAAAUGUAUACCGUGACAAAGCGAAGAAAGAUGCUGAAGCUGUGGGUAACUAUGCUGCCAAGAUGCUGCAGUCGAUAGGCAAGGCACCAGAAUCCAUUUCUCAGAGGGAGUUAAAAUUACUUUGCAGUAACUCAGCAUUUCUUCGAGUAGUACGGUGUAGAUCUCUUUCUGAUGAGUAUGGGUUGAGCACUUCAAACAAAGAUGAGAUAAUUUCCCAUAUGGAUAAUCCGGAUAGUGAGAUGGUGCUGUACUUAAUGUUACGAGCUGUGGAUAGAUUCUUUAAACAUCAUGGCAGAUACCCAGGUGUUUAUAACUACCAAGUGGAGGAUGAUAUUGGAAAACUGAAAUCGUGCCUCAAUAGUUUUCUUCAAGAAUAUGGAUUACCUGUAACAGUGAAGGAUGAUUACGUCCAUGAAUUUUGCCGCUAUGGAGCUGCUGAGCCACAUAUGAUUGCAGCAUUUUUGGGAGGAGCUGCUGCCCAGGAGGUUGUGAAAAUCAUUACAAAACAAUUCGUAAUUUUUAAUAACACCUACAUUUACAACGGCAUGUCACAGACCUCAGCAACAUUCAAGCUGUAGCUAAAACCAGCACAUUUGAAAGUGUAAUUGCCUUUGGUUUGCAUUUUGUUCUGUAAAGUAUUGUUGGUAUAUUUGAUUUCCUUGGUAUUUUUGUCAUUAAAAGUUCUUUUAAAUUGUAAUAUUUUUAUCUUGCAUUUUAAUAAAAAGCACUGGAAUGUGGAAGAUAUACAUUUUUAAAACUA